CGGUUACCAAGCAACCGCAGUCAGGUGACUGUCUGCAGACAGAACAUGGCUGACCUGUCAGAAGACCAAUGAGAGAAAGGCCAAAUUGAGCAUAAUCGAUCAUUUGUUUGGCAUCUUUUCUCGUGGCAGUCCAAAGCGGUUCUUCGGGCCAGACGCGUUCAAGAUGAACGGGAUGCCAGAUGGGAUGUCGAAUAGCCCGGACGGGAGUGAGCACGUUGGAACCAAUGCUCAGGUUUGGGAAAGGCCGUGGACAGUCGAGGAGAUGCGGCAGAGCAGCGCAAACUGGUCACUUGCAGCCGACUCAGGGCUCUUCUUGUUCCUUCAAGACUUCUCUCAGAAAAUGCUGUCCAAGACGCACGAGAUGGAGAAGCAGCUGGACAGCUUGAUCCGAGACACCAAGGCCACAGAUAGCAGCCUGCAUUCUGUCUUCAACGACUUCCUCAUGCUCUCCAAUACGCAGUUUAUCGAGAAUAGAGUGUAUGAUGAGGAGAUUCAGGAACCCGCGCCUAAGACUGAUGCUGUGGAGAAGCAGGUUGAUCAGCAGAAAACACGCGAGCAGAAAGAAGCCGAGCUGAUCCCCAAGAUGCAGGAAGCAGUGACUUACGGCCUGAAAGUGCUGGAGUCUGCCUUCGAACACCUGGAUAUCAAAGCCGGAAACUCAGACUCUGAGGACGAGGAGACCAAUGACAGAUUGGACGCGAUCCUCGAGCCUAAGGACCUUUAUUUGGACAGACCGCUUCCUUUUCUGAUUGGCUCCCAGGCCUUCAUGGAACAAGAGGAUGUCGGCCUUGGCGACCUGUCUAGUGAUGAACUGUCGGUGGGCAGCGAGAGAGACAGCAUGAUUGACAGCGAAGACGGCAAAGACGCCAAUAAUUCAGAUGAGGACUUUAUACGGGAGGCUGAAGACCAUCACAGUCGUGUCAAGAAGAAGUCUUCUAUGGUGAGCUAUGAAGAGGACGAAGACGACGAUGAUUCUGACAUAUUUGGAGAGUCUGACAAAGAGGAGGAGGAUGAAGAUGGAAUGAGCGCAGGCCCAUCGUCAUUUGCCGAUGAGCUAGUUGCUAGGAUCAAGGGCGAAUUGGUUAGCAAACCAACAGAAGAUCGAGCCUCAUUGUCAUCAAACAAGAAAAGAAAAAGCAGAAAAGAAGCCAAGCCUGUGAACUCCCACGCGGCUGAAGACGACAGCGACGACAUGUUCAAGCCUCCGAAAAUGGACUCUGAUGACGACGAAGAUGACUUCUCGCCGUUUGGCGGGAAAAGCGGUCUUUUCAGUGGAGGGAAAGGCCUCUUUGAUGAUGAUGACGAUGAAGGUGAUCUGUUCUCUGAUGCACCAAAGGUUCCUCCGACCAAAGAGGAAAACUCACCAGACGAAAACAUCAAAACCACCAGUAAAGCUGCAGAGCCUGACAAACCCAUCAAGAAAAUUCCAGCUGGUGCCAUUUCGAUAUUUCCAGAUGACAACCUCUUCAGUCCAGUGGGUGACUAUAUGGCGGGCAGAGAGAAUGGAGCGCAAAGCAACAAAUCCCAAGUCACCCCGAAACCAGCCCCCGUCAGCGGGGGGCUGUUUGAUGAGGGGGAGGAUGAAGACGAUGACUUCUUCAGUGGUAAAAGCCUGAAAAAAUCUUCUUCCGCCGCACAGGUAAAAUCCAAACCUAAAAAGACCCUUGACCUUUUUGAAGAAGACGACGAGGAUGGUGACAUAUUUAGCGAGAAGGCAGCUCAGAAUAAGGAGGCGGAAGAGCCAGUUAUACCGUCAGAAAAGAAGAUGCCUGCUGGUGCCAUAUCCAUGUUUGGUCCCGCCACAAAAAGCUUACUCUCUGAAGGCCUGAAGAAACGUCAACCCUCCCCCAACGACGACUCUGAGAAAUCUGAAAAGAAUGGGCUGGCUCCAGAUGUUGGAACAGCUGUCACUCAGACCCCCAAAUCCCUUGCGAGUAGUCUCUUCUCCGAUGAUGAAGACACGCAAAUGUUUCCAACCAUCCCCAGGAGUCAGUCCGAUCACCACACGAUGAGUCAGAGCAGAAUCCACAAGCCUCAUGUGACCUUAUUUGAUGAUGACGAAGAAGAGGAUCUCUUUGCAUCUGCCUCAAAGCCAAAGCCAGCGAAAACAUAUACGCCACAACCCAGUAAAGCGAUCUCCAGCUCCCUCUUCGGUGAUGAUGAGGACCAGUGGAUAAGCCCUAAAACAAACGCUGCCAAGCAAGAGACCAAGACGGGAGGAGGAAUGAAAGCAAGCGCCAGCGCCCCCUCCAGUCUUCCCAGUGUUACUACAUCACAGAAAAGCAGCCUCUUUGACGAUGACGACGAUGAUCUGUUCGCUCCAACAAAACAGUCGAGUCACAAGAAACCCCAGAAAGUUUCUCUUUUGUUUGAGGAUGAGCAUGAAGAAGAAAAAGGAUCCUUGUUUGGAAUCAAAACAGAUGAUGGCACAAACGCAACAGCUAAACCCACCUCCCUGUUAGACAAAUCAACAGAUUCUUCAGAUGCUAAGAAGGGAGCAAAAGAGAAACCGUCAUUGCCGCAAAAACCUGCGGCGAAGCUCCCAGAGAGCCUGCCGUCGUCCGCGGAGAGUAAGAAGAAGCCCGUCGGAGCCGUUAGCCUGUUUGGAGGCAUCAACGUCCUGGCCAAAAAGCUGACAAAGAGCGUGUCGGAGGAACACAACUACGGCGACGAUAACAGCCCGCCACCGAAUGUUAAGACGCAGGAGAAAGUCAAAACGAACGCUCUCAGCCUGUUUGAUGAUGAUGAAGUGGAAGACGAGCACGAUCCCAUUUUCACCCCGAGUAGACCUCCAGCCAGAAACACCGCAAAGCCCACAGAGGAGCGGCCGCAGGCAAAGAGCACCGGCGUGUUCCUGGAUGAGGAAUUGUUGUUUAGUCCCACCCAGCAGAAGGACAACGAUCCGGACGUCGACCUUUUUGCCGUCUCAGACAAGACCACGAGCACCAAGCUCAGCUCGGCGAAGCCGACGACGCCGAGUCUCUUCUCAGAAGACGAAGAGGAUGACCUGUUUGGCUCCAGCAAGCCCCGAUCUCUGCCCCCGAAAGUAGCGGAGAAACCCAGCACGUCUAAUGACAAAGCGCUGUUAGUCAAACCAGAAACGGUUUCAGAUAUUCAGAAACCUGCACCAAGCCCUGUUGAACCAAAAGAACCAUCAUCAAGGAUUGGCAAACUUCAAGCGAGUCUAAAGAUCAAUCCCGCUGUGUUCCUCCCUGGCUCAGCCCCCAGCAUGCCGGGGGCCGUCAGUGUGCUGCCGGGUCUGGAUCCCAGCUCCUCCUCCGGAGUCUCCAGCUCCAGCAUGAGCCCCAGUCCUGCUACGACGCCGAUCGGAGCGCGGACAGACAGUGAGGCGGGAGUAAGCUUUGACGCACCGCUCCAGGUUCAGACUUUGCAGAGUGCAAAUAAGAGUCGUGUCAAAGGUUCCAUCCAUCGAAGACCACAAUCCAGAACAGCAAGGCAAGCGUCUCAAAGAACAGUGGAGGAACAAGACGACAUUCCAGCUGCGAGUCUCCCCGUUGCCUCCUCCAGCUCAUCUUCAGCCGUCCUGCCCCCGUCAGGCCACUUGAGUCAGAUUCCUACCUCACAGAACUCGGCUCCUAUUACAUCCUCGCCCUUACCGUCUCGACCUCACCCAGCUCAAAUCUCCACCAAGCCUUCAUUGCCGACGCUGCCUGUCGUCAACCACGCCAAGAAGCUGGACCCUAGUAAGGACGGCAACCAAGGCAAGGUGCUGCCUCCCCUUGAGGAGGAUGACAUUUUUGCUUCCGACAGCUUUUUCACCUCUGCCACCAAACCCCCCACCAAAAAGACCGAACAUCAGGUUGCGGCAGUACAAAAGACGGACAUAAGCAACCUCCCGUCCAUUUUCGACGACAACAGCGAUGACCUUUUCCAGACGGUGAAAGCAAAAACGGCAGCAAAGACGUCCAAGUCGUCACCCUUUAUGGAAGAUGACGACGAUGACGACGACUUCUUUGGAGUGAAGAGCAGCUCGACGGCUACGUCCACGAGCGGCCAAGACGUCAAGACCAGCGACGGUUUUCCAAAACAGGAUAUUUUUGAGGACGUUGCCGUCUUGCCUAAAGCCCACAAACGGGGCAUAGAGAAGCCCACCGAUGUCAAUCUGUUCGACGACAUCGACAUCUUUGCCGACCUGGCGGACUCUUCCCCACCAAAACAGAAGGCCAAGGCCCAGGCGGCCAGCAGGUCCAUCUUUGACGACGACAUGGAUGACAUUUUUGCACCAAGCACAGUCAACACGGCGACAAAGGCGACUCCGAAAGCAAAAACCUCGCCUCCAUCGCAGGGCACCAGCACAACAGUGGACUCGACGAACAUGUUCGACGAUCCGCUUAAUGCUCUCGGAAGAAAUUGAAGUUAAGCUGUGGAUCAACGGCGUCGUAUUUUUUUGAUUGCUGAACCCGGAAGAGAUCGGACGCACUGUUGGAAAUAUUUAUAUAUCGUUAUGAUCGAUGGCGCAUCCCAGAUUCAUCCAUUUGUUUGCAUUGCAUCCUUCUUACAUAAAAUUGAGUAAGGACUGCUAAUAAUUAGACAUGAUAGCACUUUAUGAGCGUACCCUUGUACUUAGCCUUAGCGCCUGGAGGAAUUAACAGUACCGGUAGAUUGUUUUUUUUUGGCUGUGCCAUGUUGAGAUUUCUUGUCUAUUGGUGCCAUGUCAUGCUUUUGUCAACUCGGCUCUGAAACUUUUUGACCAUAUUUUUAUCAAGAUUAAGAAAUUCACCCAUUUCUUAACUUUUGCUGUGACGAAAAAGAAAUGUCAUUUUUAUGAACUAAAAUGAAACAUAUUUUAUAGUAUCUAAAA